UAUUUUCAAGAUUCCAUUUUAAGUCGCUCUCUUAUGAACCAAUACGCUAUUAUUUUGAGUAAAACAUAUUUUUUAUCACAGAACAGUGUUCAUUAAUUUUCGUAAUACAAGGUCGCGGUUACAGAAAUAUUACUUAUUUACUGCAGUUGCAAGAUGUCAAAUGAAUGAAUUAAACUUCCGGCAGUUACACAAGAUGGCUUCUAGGAGGAGGGCUGCUGAAGAUAAAAAUACAAAACUUCUUAGGGAACUUGCUGCAUUACCUGCUAAUAAACAAUGUUUCGAUUGUCUUCAGCGUGGGCCAACUUAUAUAAAUGUUACUAUUGGUUCUUUCGUAUGCACAACAUGCAGUGGCAUAUUACGAGGUUUGACUCCUCCUCACAGAGUCAAGUCCAUAUCCAUGACAACAUUCACACCUGAAGAAAUUGAAUAUUUAAAAAGCAGAGGAAAUGAAUAUUGCAAGUAUGUGUGGUUGGGAACUUUUGAUACUAGUACUAAUAGUAUUGAAAGUGAAGUAUCCGAUGAUCAAAGAAAACGAGACUUUAUGGUUCAGAAAUAUGAAAAGAAAAGAUGGUAUGUUGAUCCUGACAUAGCUGUCAAGAAAAUGCAGAGUGAUAAGCAAAGACAAGGUGUGGCACAAUCUCAAUCUUUUGGCACAAGAUCAAAUUCUGUUAUAGAAACUCAGCCCUUAUCUCGACUUUUAGGCAAGAGUCCUACUGCAUUAAUAGUGCAAAAUAAUCAGGCAGCUGAGACAUGGCCACAUCCUGUUUCUUCUGCAUCUGCACCUAGCAUAAGCACUAAAACGGCAGCACAGAAUCAUGGUAGUCGAUCUAUUGAUCUACUUUCAGAGUUUGGAGGAGAUGCUUCUACACCAAGUACUCAAGUUUCAGCUCAUAACAAUUCAACAGCUAAUGGAAACUUUGCUAAUUUCGAAUCUGCAUUCAAUUCUGUAGAAAAAUCAGGUUGGACUUCUUUCGAUGAUGAUCUUGAUCCUCUUUCCCCUUCUGCUUCUCGCUCUUCAACUCUAAGCAAGGACUCUCUCUCACGGAUAGGCUCCUACUCUUCCACGGCGAUGCCUCGACCUUUAAGCCUACCGACCUUUGUUCCUACGAAUCCUUUCAAAUCGCCUCCCAUUGCUACAACACCAUCUCAGUGGCCAUCUUUUGCAGCCGGAAACACUUCAGGUGUCCCAGCUCCCAAUUUGCCAUCAUCUGCAAGUUUGGAUGCUUAUCCCAUGCAAUCAAGACCACCUCAAUCAAAUCCAGUCACAGCUUUUAGUCCUCCUCCACCAGUUACAACUCAGCCAGCAGUUCAGCCAACUACUUCUACUUCUUCUGCAGAUCGUUAUGCUGCUUUAGCAGAUCUUGAUAGUCUUUUCAAUCAGCCAUCUUCUGGAAAAGGUCCUAGCUGGACAGUUGAGACUACAAGCUCAGUAUCUAAACAUGAUCCAAUUACUAGUGAUAUUAAUAGCAGUACAUAUAGUACAGCUCCUUCCAAUCCUUUCAAGUCAACUGACUUAUGGAGCCAAAGCCAAAAUGUUAAGAGCUCUUUCCAAUCAGCUAAUCCAUUCCAGACUGGAACUGAUGCACUUUCCUAUUCACAGACAUCCAAUAGUCAAGCAUAUGCUCCUUUUCCUAUACCAAUGGUUGGAAACAGCCCCAGUGAUGACAGUGUACGUAAUCAGUUCAAUGCCAAUUUCUCACCUUUUCCGCCUCAAAUGGUGAGUCCUGCAAAUGGGUAUGGAGCUAAUCCACUGCUUCUGCAGAAUGGUGGAUUGGUUUCUCCAACCUCAGGAUCUGCAGCCUGGAAUAUGCCAUCAAACAUGCCAAUGUGGUCUUCUAGUCAAAUGGGACUAGGUGGUUUAUUUUCAAAUGACAACAAGCCAUCAGAUCCAGCACAACACUCAGAUUGGAUCCAGAAUCCAGUGAAUCCAUUUGCAGUCUCAGCCAACAAUGUAGGAUUUCCAGUAGCGCCAAAAAGUAAUUGCAGUAAUCCUUUUCUAUGACAUUUAUAGCAUAAAGAACUAAUGCUUGUCAUCUGGAGUGUCAAUAAGUUUCCAACUUUCUUAUGGCACAUCCUGGAGUUUUAAAGCACAAAUUACCAACUGUAAAAGCAGAUCUAUAAAAUCCAGUUAUAAAUAUUAUAUUUAAUAGGAUGAAUGGAUACAGAGUGACUGACUUAACUAUCUUGCGUGAAUUUAUGUGCAUUUGUACAUAAAUUACUUUUUAUCUGUAUAUAUAAUCCACAAAUAUUCAAAUAUAUUAUACUUUGUAGUACAAGGCUUUGCAUUCAUCUAGUCUUUGCUAAGUUUAUUUUAAGUUUGUUAGGGAUAUUUUAGAAACCAUAGAAUAUAAUACCUCAAAACUGUGAAUCUGUUUUAAAUAUUUUAUAAAAUAUAUUUUUGUUUGUUUUGAAUGUUGCAUUUAUUCAAAUUUUAUAUUUUGAGUUAUUGGAUUUAACAAAUGCAACUAUUUAUUGAAACUCUGCAGUCUAGAUUUUUAUAUACAUUUCUUCCAAUUUUCAUAAUAGUUGUUACUUUAGCUGUGUGACUCAUUUUAAAAGUAUAUUUACAUAACAUAUUUAGUAUUUCUUUCUCUGUGUUUAUAUUGCUUCAGAUUGAAAAAAAAAAUAGAUGAAAACCAUUUAAACUAUAAUUCAUGUUGCCAUUAUGUGUAGCUACUUUACAAGUAAAGAGCUAAAAAUCCUAUGCAAAGCUGUUCGCAUGCCUUUAAAAUAAAGAAAUUGUUUCAAAUCCCAAGCAAUAUGUAAAUGCAAUCGUGUAAAAAAUAAAAUUACUUAAUGAUUUAUUUUGCUAAAAA